AUGGACUCCCAGGCCUUUGACAUAGAGGAGUCGACUGGCUCGACUGUUCUGGACCAGUUGGAUUCCCACUCUCAGUCAAAUCGCGACUCCGUAUCCAGCUUCACGAGUACCCCCGGCCGGUCUCUCAGCAUCAGCAAGAAAAACAUCACUCCGAUACCCGCAAACCUCCUGCCUUCGGCACCCGCUUCUCCACCAACACCUGCGCCGAGUCCGACCCCACACCAGCGUCCACCGGACUGGCACUCGGCUGACGAUGAGGAGCAUACAUUUCUGCUGAAUCUGCGCAUCCACUUCAGUACCCUAUCCAAUACCCGGAAGCAAAAACUCCUCGAGGGUCUUUUAGACGUAUGCGACAGUCAACAGCUCAGCUUUGUUUCGAGUUAUGUCGGACCACGCCUGCGUAAGGAUCCGUUUUUAGUCUUUCCAAAUGAACUCUGUCUGAGGGUGCUUUCCUUUAUCGACGAUCCGAAGACACUCGCAAGAGCAUCGCAAGUCUCAAUACGAUGGCGGGAGUUAUUGAAUGACGAUAUCACAUGGAAAAAUCUUUGCGAGAAGCAUGCAUACUUAGUACGGCGGAUCCAGGAGGACGACAGCAUGGAGCCGGCCACUCCUCGAUCCGUGGACUCGAACCUCGAAACGCACUCUCUGAACGACUUACUACUACGAUCGGACUCGAAUGAACCGACUAUCGAGAGCGACCCCGAACUUCCCCGCACCUUGUCUGGCGACUGGUUGCCACCCACUAGCUUCCCUCGAAGACGUCGGACUCGACCGGUUUCUUACCGAUCGCAGUUUAAGAGGAAAUACAUGGUCGAGUCUGCUUGGAACAAAGGGGGUCGGUGCACACAGCGUCAUAUUACACCUGACCAAGGUGUCGUGACGAGUUUGCACCUGACUUCGAAAUACAUUGUCGUUGCGUUGGAUAACGCCAAGAUUCAUGUUUAUGACACCAACGGCGACAACCAAAAAACACUUCAGGGCCACGUGAUGGGGGUAUGGGCCAUGGUUCCGUGGGAUGACAUUUUGGUAAGCGGAGGAUGCGAUCGGGAUGUACGAGUCUGGAAUAUGGCAACUGGAGCGGGAAUUCAUCUACUUCGAGGUCACACAUCAACGGUCCGAUGUUUGAAAAUGUCUGAUCGGAACACCGCAAUUUCCGGAUCCAGAGAUACCACACUUCGUAUAUGGGAUCUGACAACGGGGACAUGCCGUAAUGUUCUGGUUGGGCACCAGGCUAGUGUAAGGUGUCUCGCGAUUCAUGGUGAUAUUGUAGUUUCCGGUAGUUAUGACACUACGGCACGGAUAUGGAGCAUUUCCCAAGGCCGCUGCCUGCGCACGCUGAGCGGGCACUUCAGUCAGAUCUACGCGAUCACUUUUGAUGGACGUCGGAUUGCAACCGGAAGUUUGGAUACCAGUGUUCGUAUCUGGGAUCCGCAAUCUGGCCAGUGUCAUGCCAUUCUCCAGGGCCACACCUCUCUGGUUGGCCAGCUGCAGAUGCGCGGUGAUACUCUUGUGACGGGUGGCUCCGAUGGCUCAGUACGUGUCUGGUCAUUAACUAAGAUGGCGCCAAUCCACCGACUGGCUGCCCAUGACAACAGUGUCACCAGUCUUCAAUUUGAUAAUUCUCGCAUCGUCAGUGGCGGCAGCGAUGGCCGUGUCAAGGUGUGGAGUUUACAGACUGGCCAGUUACUGCGAGAACUCUCUACACCAGCUGAAGCUGUCUGGAGAGUUGCCUUUGAAGAAGAAAAGGCCGUGAUCAUGGCUAGUCGCUCUGGCCGGACAGUAAUGGAGGUCUGGUCAUUUGCGCCACCUCCCGAAACAUAUGAUGACAGCGUGCUCAUCGAAAGCGCCUCCAGCACACCUGGACUCGGCUCUACAGACGACAAAGACUUGACAGUAGACUGCCGACGUCGAACCCUUUUCUCCGAUCCACCCCCAACCACCUUGGGCAGUGAUGCCGACCAAGCCAUGCCCGAUGCACCAUCCUGA